AUGAAUACCCCCCUUAUGAGAAUCGUGUGCUUGGCACCAACCUUCGACCAACGAACACAUGGUUUUGGAACCGGCAAUUCUACUCCGCGAAUUUCCUGGAGAUUUGCGAAUGGGGAUAGAACCAUUCGUGGGUGGGAGCAGAAAAAGUAUGAUAUGCAAAUUCUCCGAGGCGGGGAGACCAAGUUUUACUCUGCCAUGAGCGAACAGUCUCUGUUACUUGAGUGGCCAGAAGAGCCAUUGCGGUCCAGAGAAAGUGCUUCUGUGAGGGUAAGAGCGUACACGACAGCCGGCAUCUCAUCAUACAGCCCUACGCCAUGGUCUAUGUGGGCGACGGUUGAGGCAUCGUUGUUGUCAAGAGACGAGUGGGUCGCGCAGAUGAUUUCCAGUUCUGUACUUGUUCAAAACGACGAGCCCAUUCGCCCAUCCCGUUUUCGCAAAACGUUUGACAUUCCAGCAGAUCGAGGUGAAGUUGAAGCUGCAAGACUUUAUAUCACCGCACAUGGCGUUUACAAAGCUUUCAUAAACGGAGCCCCCAUUAGCGAGGACGAGAUGGCUCCGGGUUGGACCAGCUACAACGAAAGACUUAACUUCCAUGUUCAUGAUGUCACAGCACUUGUAGCAAGCGAUAAUGUCAUUGCUGUCGAGUUGGGCGAGGGGUGGUAUGCAUCUCGGCUUUGGCGUGAGGGCCGCUUUGUCUUUGGCAAGGAUCUCGGGCUCCUAGCGCAGUUGGAAAUCACGUUCAAGGACACCGCAGAACGGCUUACUGUGAUAUCGGAUGAGACUUGGGAAUGGAAUGUCGGCCCGAUCCUCAGCAGCGAAAUCUAUGAUGGUGAAGUUUAUGACAUGGCGCAGGAACAGCCCGGCUGGAGUACGACCGACUACAACUCUCAAGAGUCAGGAUGGACACCUGUGCGCGUCUUGCCAUUCCCCACCGAGGAGCUGGUCAUACCAGAGAGUCCUCCAGUUCAAAUUACAGAGUCCAUUGUCCCUAAAGAAAUACUGAGGAGUCCCAGUGGCAAGCUCUUGGUUGACUUUGGCCAAAACCUUGUGGGCAAGCUAUGGAUUCGAUCGCUCAACAAACCGGAAGGCGACAUCAUCUCUUUCAAACAUGCCGAAGUCCUCGAAAACGGCGAGCUGUGUAUGCGCCCUCUUCGAAAUGCCAAAUGCACUGAUACUAUCCUGUGCUCGGGCAAGGAGCUCGUGAAUUGGUCGCCCAGUUUUACAUUCCAUGGCUUUCGAUAUGUACAGAUCGACGGUUGGGCGCCCGAAGAUGAUGUCUGUCCGCUGUCAAACUUGAGUCUGACGGCCUUGGUUAUGCAUACUGAUAUGAAGAGACUUGGGCGUUUCACAUGCUCCAACGAGUUGGUCAAUAAAUUGCAUGAGAAUGCAGUGUGGGGAAUGCGCGGGAAUUUCUUGUCAAUUCCAACGGACUGCCCGCAGCGUGAUGAAAGACUGGGAUGGACUGGAGACAUUCAGGCAUUUUGUCCCUCAGCAUCGUACUUGUACCACACUGGAGGAAUCUUGGGAGAUUGGCUGAAAGAUCUUGCCGUUGAGCAGAAAAAAGGAAACGGUGUUCCACCUAUGAUCGUACCGGAUGUGUGUUUCAAUACGCCGCCUCGUCCUCCGCAGGCUGUGUGGGGAGAUGCGGCAGUAUUGGUGCCCUGGGACCUCUACAGAUUCACGGGCGAUGCAAAGAUACUCGACACACAGUACGAAAGCAUGAAGUCAUGGCUUGACAAAGGAGUCAGGCGUGGAUCGGAUGGUCUGUGGUCAGAUUCGUUAUGGCAGCAUGCAGACUGGCUGGACCCCUCUGCUCCACCCGAUGACGCUGGAAAUGGAGCCACGGAUGGAGUUCUCGUUGCCGAUGCAUACCUCGUCCACAGCACCGAAGUCAUGAGUAAGGUGGCCACUAUUUUGGGACACCAAGACGACAAGGACCGUUACACAUCAGAUUACCUGAAAUUGAAGGAACUUUUCCAGAGGAAAUAUAUCACGCCGGCUGGCUAUGUUGCCUGUGAUACGCAGACUGCCCUCUCUCUAGCCAUCGUUUUCAAACUCUUCCAGAAUUCAGAGCAAGUCAAGGUUGCCGGAGAACGCUUGGUACGACGCGUCCGCUUUGCACGAUUCCGCGUGUCCACAGGAUUUGCCGGCACUCCCCUUGUCACCCAUGCAUUGACUAUGGUAGGCAAGUCCGAGAUCGCAUAUCGCAUGCUCCUCGAGCAAGAAUGCCCCUCCUGGCUGUACCCCGUCACCAUGGGUGCAACAACCAUCUGGGAAAGAUGGAACAGCAUGCUUCCUGAUGGGAGCAUCAACCCUGGAACAAUGACCAGCUUCAACCACUAUGCCCUGGGCUCAAUCGUCAACUGGCUUCAUCAAACCGUUGGUGGACUCAGCCCCACAGAGCUCGGCUGGAAACGGUUCCUCGUUCGACCCGUGCCUGGAGGCGGCAUCACGUCUGCAAAGACCACUUACGAUAGUCCGUUCGGCCUGAUCACAUGCAAUUGGCAUUUGGCCGGCCCUGGCAAAUUUUGCAUGCAGUUGAUCAUUCCUCCGAGCGCGACCGCUUAUGUUAUUUUGCCCGAUAGACAAAAACACGAUGACGACAUCUCGACGGAGCGAGGAAUCCCAUUUGAUUCGGGGGAGUACGAGAUAUACUGUGAUUUCCAGCCUAGAGACUGGCCGCCGAAGGCGCUUCUCACGCUGUUCCGGGAGGAUACGAGUGAUGAUUUUGAGGAGCCUAUUGUUUACCCGCCUGCUCACGAAGGGCCCUUUGUUGAUCUGAUUCUUCAGAGUGCGCUUGCUCAUGGGGCGCUUGUAAACGGUGUGAAUAAUGUGACCCUGUAG